UUUUUUUUUUUGUUCUUAAAGGCACAACCUCAGCUGUGCUCAGAGCAGAAGCCAAGCGCCUGCUUUUUGCCCCACCCAAACUCAGAGCCUCAGAACAACCUCCUCCCUCUUCGCAAAAGCCAACAGCGGAGAGCAUGUUUCAAACUGAAUAAAGAAGCGUUCACAAACUGUUAAAGCUGUUUUCAAAAGCUUCCACUUCGCCCAUCAGACCAGCCUUGGCUGCAUCCCAACUCCUGCACAGCCCUGUGUCCUGCUGGAAACCCCCCACAACCAGAGCCUGAGCGAAAAAAACAGAGGAAGGGCCGAAAAGGUUCCAGAACUGAUUUCAACAACUUUUUCAAGUUUGGGUGAUUAUCAAGAGUUUGCCAGUGAUGCUGACAAUAAUUGCCUCUGUGAGAGGUGACUAAGACCGAACACAAGGAAAGAGGACAAAUGUGCAAUUGAGAGGAUCAGAAACAGAUGCCCCACCUGUCAUCUUUGCUGUAGUGAAGCUUUUGGAGGGCUUAGUAGGAAACUAAAAUAGCUGAGGUUUCAUAUAUUGCUUAGGCGAAGUCCCUUUUCAGCCCCUUUUUGAAGUGUCCCUGGUAUCAGCAACCAGCUCCAGAGGCUGGGACACCAGCGGGAGGAAGUGACAUCAGGGAAGGUGUCUUGCUCCUGGAACAGCUCCUUGCACCUCAGCUAGCACCAGGCCAUUUCAUCCCCCACUGGAGUGUUCCUCAGUGCUGGGGGCUGAGCCAGCACAGCCCCCAGUGCAGCACACAUCUCUCAGCCCCCAGACGAGAUGGCCGCCCUCAUCGCUGAGAACUUCCGCUUCCUCUCCUUGUUCUUCAAGAGCAAAGACGUGAUGAUUUUCAAUGGUUUGGUGGCCCUGGGCACGGUGGGGAGUGAGGAGCUCUUCUCAGUCGUUGCCUUCAACUGCCCCUGCUCCCCUGCCCGCAACUACAUCUAUGGGCUGGCUGCCAUCGGUGUCCCGGCCCUGGCCCUCUUCCUCAUUGGUGUCAUCUGGAACAACCACACUUGGAACCUGGUGGCCGAAUGCCACAAGCGUGGCACCAAGAACUUUUCUGCUGCUGCCACCUUCCUCCUCUUUGGCUCCAUCAUGGGCCGAGCGUCCGUGGCACCCAUCACUUGGUCGGUCAUCUCACUGCUGCGGGGGGAAGCUUACAUCUGUGCCCUCAGCGAGUUUGUCAAGCCAUCCUCCCUGGACAAGUUUCCAGCUGAGUACGGGGCCGAGGUGCUGGCCAAGUUCCCUUGCAGAGACAUCCCAGCAAAUCUCACCAAGUUCAGGGAUGAGGUGACACGGAGGUUGAGAUACGAGUCCCAGCUCUUCGGCUGGCUGCUCAUCGGCAUUGUUGCGGUCCUGGUUUUCCUCACCAAGUGCCUGAAGCACUGCUGCUCGCCGCUGAGCUACCGGCAGGAGGCCUACUGGGCCCAGUACCGCUCCAACGAGGACAAGCUCUUCCGACGCACGGCCGAGGUCCACUCCAGGAUCCUGGCAGCCAAGAAUGUGAAACAGUUCUUUGGCUUUGUGGCACUGGACAAGGAGGAGAAGGAGCUGGUGCAGGAGUUCCCGGUGGAGGGCGUCCAGCCGAGCCCCCAGUGGAAUGCCAUCACAGGUGUCUACAUCUACCGAGAGAACAAGGGCUUCCCCCUCUACAGCCGCCUCCACAAAUGGGCCAAAGGGGUGGAAGGGAACGGGCCAACCCCAGAAGGCCACGAACUGUUGUUUUUAGCUUCCUAAGACAGAUGUCCACCAGCAGUGCUUCUCCAGACUGCCUGGCAGGCCUUCCAGUAUCCAUACUCAGCUGAGAGAUGCAGUGGGAAUAUUCCUCCCAGCAGGAUACCUUCUAUCAGCAGGUAAACAGGAAUCAACAGCCUCAAGGCAGACUGAUAAGCAAUACCCUGAGCUGGGGAACCCCUCCCUCGGAGACAACAGUCUCCAUGCUGUUCCCAGAGACACAUGGGAACAAAGAGCAGAUGCAGUCUUUACCUCCAGGCUGCCAGUGCAGCCCACUGCCUGAUGCACCAGCAGAAGCCUUGGGGAGCAAGAGAUGGGCACGUUUCUCACUGUGACUCCUGCAGCCCCACUUGUCUCCCCCACAGCAGGGACAGCCACACACCAAAUAACUGAGAGACUAAAGCAGGAGGAAUCACCAACAUUCCUGGUAUUCUAAAAGGCACUCUAAUUACCAAGUUGAAAUGUGGGUAAGACACCGAACUCCCUUUGUUCUUACUAAAGUGCCUGGCAAUCUCUAAUGAACCCAAAUGGUCGCCAACAUGAGUUUAUAAACCCAGAAGAGGCACCAUCAGCAGAACAGCUUUGGGGCAAGGUAGCAAGGUGGAGACUGAGAGGAAUCAGUACCCACAGCACUGUCUGUAUCUCAUUGCAUUUCUCAUCCAAGCAUCGGAUGAGUCCUUUGUUUGGGUUACAAGCUGCAGGACAACCUCAACCAGAAUUAGCUUUACAUAAAUAUAUGUAUAAACAUACAUAGUGUAUAUACCAUGUAACUGUGGUCAGUCAGUUGUAUUAAUGGAGCAUCUUUCACAGAGGGGAAGAAGAUGAGAAAGCUGCCAGCCCAAAGAGCACAUUGCAUUCACCCAUCACCCAUCUGCUGUACUGGGACUGCAGCCCUGGAGCAAUAAGGGGACAGCAGGAACAAGAUGGGGGAGCAGCCCUCUCCCUACUCAUCUCCCACUGAAUUUUUAAAAACUCUUUCCACUGCCUUAAUUGGCCCCUGGAGCACAAUGUCUCUUUUAUGGACUUGGCCAUACUCUGGGAAAGCAAAACCAGAAAGGUGUAAAAUUACUACCCUCACCAUGACACUGUGUGACUAUGGUUUCAAGGCUGCUCCUCUGGCAUUGCACAGUGCCUUUCCUCGCACAGGUCAAUCCUGUGUACCCAACACUGUUUAAAGAGCUGGUAUGACAGAGUUUGGUUUUCCUACUUGAACUGUUUAGUUAUAGACACAACUUCCUUUUACACUGUGCCAUUUACCAAAAAGCCUUAAGUUGUUCAAAAAACAGCUCAAACCCACAGAACUCAGAGGGGCUUACACACAAAGAGAUUUGAAAUAAAUUAUUAAAUGAGAGUUAUUUUUCAUUGCCUUCUGAGCUUUUUUCAGGGGGUCUAUAAAAGGCAUAAUUUAACAUUCUCUUUGAACUCAAGGACUGGGAACUUACUUUUUCUUUUUAUUAAAGAUUCAGACCGUCUCCUAUCCAGAUAAUCCUAGAAUGUUUUAAAGCAUUACCACAUGUUACAAGUUAGUAACAUGGCUUUUUAGUUAUUCUUGCAGUGAGUAGCACAAAUCUUGUAUAUCAGGAUACACAAUUGCAGCAAAGGAGAGAAAAUUAUUCAAAAAGCUUUUGACAAGUAUGGUGUCUUGCAAGAAAGAGCUGCAGGCUAUUCCCUCACAUAAAGAGGCUGGAACACCGCUUAAUGGGCGAGGCAUCCCAGGAUCCCUCUUCAGCUUCUCCACAGAUUUGCUUUGCAUUUGUGGGAAGGCUUGGCUCUCAGCCUCACCAUCAGCUAACCCACAGAAAUAAUCAGAUGGAAGUGAAAUGAAAUUGCAUUAACUUGAGAUGAAAGGGAGUUAAUUUGCAUUUCUCGUUGCUGGCCCUCGAGUGCGAACAUGCAGACGUGCAUGCCACCCCCACACAACCAGUUAACAAGAUUAACUUGCUGAAACAAAGCAGAGUUCCUCUUACUUCCUUUAUUUCCCUUGCCUUCCUCCUUGAUAGUCCUAAUUAUUCCUUUGAACCACCUCCACUUUGGUUCCUUCUCUUAUUCCCUCCUUUGCAGGAAAGGGGCAAGACACAUAAUACUUGAGAAUGGAUUUUUAUCCUAAGAAUAAACCAUGAGCACAAACCAUCUUUUGUUCUGUUUACAUCCCUUCUCUCCUAUAUUAAAUGCUCUCUUUCCAUGUGCUGGGAUGGGCUACUUGUUUUCCCUCCCUCUUCUUGGAGAGGCAUGUUUGAAUGGACAGCUGUUAGUGAGGAGUGGAGCAAGACAUUACACUCAGAAAUUUGUUUGCAAUUGCAGAGAUUUGGUUUUUCUCCUCUCUGCCACCCUGAGCGUGGUCUCCACUGAGAGAGCCCUAGGCUUCUGCCUCUCCUAGCACAUCAGCACCCUCAGGAAUAUAUCCCUGUUGUUCCUGUCACACCAUGUCCCCUAGUGACAAUGCUGAGGUGAGGAAUAUUAACCCAGAUGGUUUUACACACAAGCACAAGCAGCCAGGUUAGAUUUAUCACUGAAAUGCCAAGAGCAAAACUGAGCCAUGGCAUGCUGGAUCACACAAGCUGUGAGCUCACACCCCCUUACCUUUCCUCCAAAGACCAACAAUAAUCCCAUCACAGAACAGCCCACAGUCACAGCUCCCAGCAGCAAGAUGGGUUCAAACCAGGAUCCUCCAGUACAGAGAAUUACACACAGGUCUUUCACUUCUCCUGCCUACUACAGACACUAUAAUAGCCCCAGUAGUGAGGAAGAAACAAUACCUCUGAGGGAUCUUGGUUUCUAUUGCAGCACUUAUUUACAUGUUCUAUUAUGCAACUAAUUAAACCAAAAGAAAGAGCCAC